GUACCUUAUAUUUUUUAAACAAAAAGAGGCCCAGGUCCAUACUCCUUAAUGAUGAUUCCACUCGGGAGGAUAAGGGAUAGUUUAUUUUAUUGUGAUAAUCCCUUAAACAAAGGAAAAGGUAUAGAGUGGGUCUACUUGUUACUACUAUACUCCAUGCUCAAAUGUAAAAGGCUAGUUGUCAAAAAAAAAGAGGAGCACAUGCAUACAUACACGGGGAGCUGGGAAUCGUGGUUGAGAAUUGGGAUCCACACUCAUUUCAUGUUCACUACAAUUUGGUGCAUAUCUACUGAAACUGAUGCACUGGCAAGUAUCCGAAAGGGGAUUUGUUAAUUGGGGUUCGCUGUUUGGGGCAAUCUCGAGGAGAGAUGCCCGACGUUCAUCGUCACCUAUUUGGUUUCUUUACCCGGGUUCUGAGAAGAUUCCCUGUUUUUCACCCUCCCUCUUAUGCAUCUGAGUCAAAAUCUCAUACGACCGAGUGCGUGACAACUCCGAAGGCCGAGCUCAUAAUUUCUAGUGGGGCUCAAUCUGAGCAUGGGAUGGUGACCGGGUCCGAGUGCGAGAUCAGGAUAAGCCGAGUUCGUGCGGCAGUAUUGUAAGAUCCAAUUCAGCGGUAGCGGUCUUAGCCAAUCGAGUCUGCUGAUGCCGAGUGUACUACGUUUAGCCGGCUGUGCAUCAUCGGGCUUCCACGCCACGAUAUGGCCUCACGCGGUCCUCGUCAUUGCGCGAGCAAAUCCCUCCGGAGGGUAUUGCAAGGUCCUGCUUAGGACAAAAUCUUGCCAGUCCUGCUUAGGACAAAUAUUAGAUCUGCUGAGAUCGCACUUCUACGCUACCACGCGUCAUCGGCGCCACGUCGCCCAAAAAAAACAACAGCAACGAAGGAAUUUUUCAUAUUUUGUCUUUCAGGUACAAAGCGGAAGACCACAUGACAUUUGCAACUGAGCCCGCCUAGCAGAGUUCACGGAUGCCACAUAAUUUCACUCUUUUCCCGAGGCCGGUCUUAGCCGCCUCGCAAAGAACUUAAGCCCUUGUCUCCCAAGGCAAUUAAAAGCCCUCUCCCGAGGUCGGCCCCAUCCACCUCACGAGGCACUCAAGCCCUUGUCUCCCAAGGCAACUAAAAGCCCUCUCCUGAGGUCGGCCCUAGCCACCUCACGAGGCAGUUGACUCUUUUCCCAAGGUCGGCCUCGGCCACCUUGCAAGUUGCUUAAGCCCUCGUCUCCCGAGGCACUCAAAAGCCCUCUCCCAAGGUCGGUCCCAUCCACUUCCCGAGGCACUCAAGCCCUUGUCUCCCAAGGCAAUUAAAAGCCCUCUCUCGAGGUCGGCCCCAUCCACCUCACGAGGCACUCAAGCCCUUG